AUGGCGGCACAGCAAGAAUCCACCGCAGUGCAGUCUGAGGACGAAGAUAGCAAUGUCGAGUUGGACAUCGAUGCACAAUUUCCUACGAUAGAUACCUGGGACUACACAUUUUCAAAGCAGGAUGCUCAAGUCCUCACACAAGAUGAUUGGGCGCAACGCGACCCAACUGGGUGGGCUCAUUAUAUUCCUACCUGGACACGACCUGGCUACGAUGAUGAUAUAGAGGUCAACACAGAUGGCACCCGGGAGAGACCGAGGAGAGGAGACUCUUGGAGCAGGAUGAGGCCAGCGAUAUUGCCAACUGACCCUCCAGCUAGCCAAUACGCUCAGCGCUUUGGAAUUUUUCCCCUCCCAGCAUUAGACCCCACUGCUGAGGCACGUUCAAUGUUGACGCCAACCGGAGCGACUGCUGAAUGGGGAUUUGAGCAAGGUUUCCAGUCCUUUGUGUUUGGGGACCUCACCAGCCAAGAGUUACGCGACUCGGGGGCUUUUGAUCCGAACCAGAGCGUCGAUACACCUGACUUACGUGGAGACAUAUAUCAAGAAAAUUGGACUCAGGUCCCAUUGCCACCAGAUUCUGCACUCAGUGUCACGACGCGCGCUAGAUUUGACUGUUGGUACAAUCUGAAUGGCCAAGACAAGCAAUAUGAUGUUCAAAGAAACGACGAAUUAUGGGACGCUUUGCAACCGGCACUUCAGCUCGCAAGUAAGGUACUUCUGAACGAGCAUCCGUAUUGGAAAGCAAUACUAAGCUUCUACCACACACGGCCGGUUGCUGUAGAAAGAGAUGGCCGAACUAGAGAGCAGAAGGCCGAACCUGAGUACAGGCCAUACGUCUCCUUAUGGUUGGAUAUUGACAGAGACAAGAUGUAUGAUUCGGCAAGGUCGUUAAUGGACCGAAACUUCGAUUCAACCGCAGCUACAUUGGAAGUUCUCAGAAGAAAAUUAAAGUGGUCAAUUUUCUCUGUUGAUCAUGAGGCGGGCGCGACGACUACGACAUUCUUUGAUUCUAAUACAUCGAACUGGGAAAUCCGAAUAGCUAUCAACGCAGUAUAUUUAUGGCCGCUUCUGGUACCGCAAUACUCAGCGUCUGAGAAAGUAGCUGCCAGCGUCUACGUGGCCAAGCUCUGCCUUCAUGAACUUGCUCAUGCAGCUCGGUUUGCCAGCCAAUAUCUGUUGGAAGUCCCGGACGGACUAAUGGAUCCGCCAUGGACUCCGCCUCCGGGUACAUGUUACGACGAUGGCGUGAGGGACGACCUUCGGGCACUCCGAACAGAAGCGUACCAGGUACCAUACGAAGAAUAUCUAUUUCAGGAUGACCCACAAGCCGAAGAAGGUAAAUCCUUUGAAAAACAGAUUUGGGGGUUUGACAUUGAGGCGGAACCCGAGGCUGCUAUUGAUAGGGACAAUGACGCUUACCGUCCAUUCCUGUCCGCCGUGAACUGGCCAUGGAUGCACCCUACAGUCCACUUUCAGAAUCAACGGUCCGUCGAGGCUGGCAAUUAUGGCAACGCCACUUCUCACGGAUAUAGACUAUAUCUACUAGAUCCCCCUGCGCCGGCAUUUGACCUGAAGACGCCUCUCCCAGUCAGCUCCUAUGCCAAGUUCAUGCAAGAAUCUUGGUGGGAAACAGAGUUCGUCAAAUUUGGCCAUCAGGGACUCAGGCUCUCAAUUCAUUCCACGGACCCUUCCUCUCCGAUGAUGAGCGUAAUCAGGCCAAACCAAACGGUGGUGGAGUUCUUCCCCUUGCUUACAUCGGAUUUGACCAGCACCUCUACGCAAGGAUUCAACGCGAUCUGGAACGGGGUACUAGAGGCGCUACAACAGCCUCUCUCGGACGCUACAGCAGGCCGUGUUAGCGAUCUCACGGAGACGAUGCGUGGACUGCUUAGGAAUUUGAUGGAAUUGAACCGUCUUCUCGGCAUAGAAGUGCAGUAUUCACAAGGCCUCACAGCCCAAUAUGUUCUGCAUUCUACCGCAGCACGGGUUAAAAUUCACCGAAGAUACAUGCAGCCCCUCCAGCAGCAUCUUCAGCAGAUGAGAGACUCCAUUUCCGCUCUUUUAGACAGAGUGGCGCCUAGCCAUAUCCAGAAUGACCAACCAGUAUGGGAAACUAUCAAUGCUCCUUGGGAAACUCGAUUUCUCUUUGAGAUCCAGCGGAACCCCGGCGUCCUCAAUGGAGCUGUGCAGCUUCAGACGAAUCAGGAUAUUAUUGCUUUCGCCAGGGUGAGAUCGCAGACUGCCGAGAUGUGUUAUGACCUUGGAGUUACGCUUAACCACCUAGAAAAUGUUGUGCCUAUCCUCGAUGCGCAGUAUAUUAGGACUGGGUUCGUGCACGCACCGAUUGACUACUUCCCAGGUGUUCCACUCGCGAGAAAGAAGAUGGCUUUGUCUAAAUCUGUGGAGAGAGCCGCAAUUUGGGAAAUCAUACGCAUCAACAACGCGAGUCUAUUUAAUCUUAUUAUUCAAUGGAUGAAUGUCCUCCAGGACCACGUCGGAUUGGCAUCUGUCUUUCAAGCUCGAAUACCCAUCAUGCAAGCGAGACUGAGGUCCGAUCUUUCUGUGUUUGUUUCUCUCUUGUUCGAGAUCAAACUAGGCCAGUAUCAGCCGUCUCCUGCGGCUCCAAACGUUUCGAGAGAGCAGCGACUUGCUGAGAUGAGAACCACAAUCAGGAACACGGUUGGAGACAAUAACGACUUGAGGACGUGGCUCAGAGGAUUGUGCCAGGCAAGAAAUGACGAAGCGGAGUUCAACUCAAUCAUGGGAUUGACCACUGCCUAG